AUUUCCGUGGGCCGGCGCGGUCGCUGGCGGGAGCACGGGGCCGGGUAGCCGAGGGCAGCGCGCCCUCGGUGGCAGAGCCGCUCCCUCGGUGGGGAGGAAUCGCGAUCCUGCCAGGCAGAAGGCCAUUGCUGAAAGGGGACUUCAGGGAGUGAGUGCAGGAUGACUCAGCAGGGAGCUGUUCUUCAGGGUUACAAUAAUGAACUAGUGAAAUGCAUUGAAGAUUUAUGUAUGCAAAAAGAAGAAUUGAACAAACAAAUCCGGCAAGCAGAAGAGGAAAAGAAUAAACUCCAGCAUGAAAUCCAAGUCCUCAGUGAACAGCUGGAGUGUGUAUGUGAAAACUUGGCCCAAAAAGUGGCUUCACGGAAUGAGCUUGAUAAAAUACUUGCUGAAACUGAAGCUGCUUACAUGAAGAUUUUGGAUAGCUCUAGAACUUUACUUAAUGUCCUGAAGAAGGAAGUGGGAAGCUUAAAGCAUUCACCAGAUCUGAAAACCCAUGUAACAUGAAACAGUCAAAUGUUUGGACUCUGCAGUGCUAGAAUUCCACUAGGUGAGAAACGUGGUCAGCCACGGAACCCUACAGCCACAGUAUAAGCAGAGAGCGGUUUUCUUCCAGUCUUUCUGUAUGUUUUUUUAUUUUCAAAUGCACUAGAAAACAGAUUAAAUAAAGUUGCCGUUUUGCUUUAA